AUGGAUUCAACCGCAAAGCGCGAGGCGCCGGCCGCUUCUAAACGAAAAGCUGUCCCGUCGCCGACCACACCUACGCCAUCGCUUGAACCAGAGCGAGAGCUCACUAGUAGACUAAUACCGAACGCUUUUCUCACCGGAACCCUCUUGGCAGCUCUGUCUCUCUCCUGGCCACUGCGAUGGGUCAUCUCCGGAGCGCCCAUACUGAUCUACGCUAUCCUGCUAGGCGAGGCGUAUGGUCAUCGCAUCUUACCCUUCGUUCCAGUCUGGACCAUAUUUGCAACAGUAAACCUAGUUUACGCUGUAUGUGCGACUUCAUGGCUUCUAUACUGGGUAUUUUGGGCCUUCUGCUGGCCUGUACUCUUCGUCACCUGCCUCUUUCAAUUCGACGCACCUGCUGCACUGGCACGCCGCACUCUGCGAAAGACGUUCCUCCGAGAUCUCCACUUUAUCAACGAUCAGGUAGCCUUCUUCGACCUUCCUGCGUUGGAAAUCGAUACCGAGGUCAAAGGACUGUUCGUCAUCCGCGGGGUUACGCUCUCACUCUCAACAAUGACACUUGUUGCUCAUGGAGUUGAAGCCGGCAUAAAGCUCUCGGACGACAUCGAACUUGGCAUUCAAGUUGACAAAGUUGUUGUACCACUCUUUCGAGAGAUAACCGUCGACGACGUCUAUGCGAAUGUCAAGGGUGGAGACUGGGAAGUCACCUUCGGAGACGUCCAGUACGGCGUCCCGGAGCCAGACGACGACGAUUCUGUAGUCGUUACCAACACGGCUAUCCUUAGAGCAGCGACGAUGAAAGGGGGAGCCAAUGGUCGCCCGGCCGAUAUGGUCAGGAAUCUUACGGCUGGCAAGAUACCGACUGAGGCUGAAGAUACCGCAUCCGCAUUCUCGUCCGUUAAGAAGAUAUCACCAGAUGAGGAGCGCGCUCAUACAAAGUACAAGGACCUGGUCCGCUAUAUCAACGACACAAGUGCCAUUACAAAGGCGAAGCAGCAACUGGUAGAGGCCUCGAAAGCACGAGAUGAGGCUGGCUCAACAGAUGAUGAAAAAGACCCCAAAGAUGCUAAAAGGUCAAAAGAAGAACCGGGCGUCCGCUUGGACAUUGAUAAUAUGGAUGACUUCAGAGCAGCAAUCUGUACCCAGAUCCAUGGACAACCCUCAAUACCUCAUCCACCUACCAAAUCGAUCAGAGUCUCCACCCUUCGGAAAACAUCGUACCCAAACGUAAAGAAGUUCCUACAUCGACUGCCCUUCCUCUACCGCUUGAUGCUCAGUCCUAUUUGUUACUUCCAUCCUGUCAAGUUCAAGUCCAUUACUGCAGCUGGAUCAGGAAAGUGGUUCACAGCCCUGAUGCAACAGUAUUUCUUUAAGCAUUACUCGUCCCAAGACGCCGAGAUUCGUAGAUUGGAGGCGCGGAUAUCGGCCUGGUGUGCAGAUGCCAAUUUCGCCGUAGAACUAGGCCCCAUGGCUAGCGAAGCCUCCUUCCCCAUCAACACUAAUUACAACAUCCAGACCCACUUAAAAAUCUCAGAUGUCAUGGCUUACAGAAUACUCCCUGAUGCCGUCGAACUUAAGCAAGUUGUGCGAUUAGGAGAGAAGAAGAGUGACUUCGACCUAUUGGAGAUGGAAUCUGCCAUCAAAGAAACUGAAUCUACUCCAAAGCAGAUCCAAGCUCUGAAAGAACUUGAGAAGUUAAAGAGAGACGAGGCAUCUAUGCACGUCAGCGCACACGCUCACCUCCCGGCGCAGUUUCACCAAGAUCUUCUCAACUUCGUCGCCGCAAUUGUCAAAGCCACCAAGGUCAUCGAGUCAGACAAAGACUUUGAGGAGGCAAAGGUUUUACGCGAACUGAAGCGCGUCAGCACGACUGAUAGCGAAGCAAGCAGUCUUGCGUCGAUUAAUACCAACAAUAGCGAAAUGUCGCAGACCACAGUGAAUGGCAAUGAGGACAAGAGCUUCAAAGCAUUUCUCAAAAAGGUGGACACUGGUUUCAAGGAAGCGUCGAAUAAGACUAUGGUGGGCAUGCGCAAAGCUGGUCAGAAUACUGUACAUGCCAUGGCUAACGAUCGCUGGAUCGCACGGCUGGUAGGCAAGGUGACGAGGAAGUUGGAAAAGGCGCAAGGUGAACUGGGGUAUAGUGCAGAGGUUCCGAUUGCUCUGGCCAAGUACCGUGAGCGACAUGAGUUCGAGCAGAAGCUCUUACCCUAA